GCCUCUAGAGGGCGUGGUCAGCUGUAGAAAGUGAAAGAGAACGGCAGCAGCAGUGUCGUCCGGAGGGCUCACAGUCAACAUGGUUCUGGUCGGUUCGUUGCUCAGCUGAUGCCAACGUAGUGAACAUGGUCGAAGGUUGACCACAUGGACCGGACUAGGCUGUCGGUGUCUGUCUGUGGUGUCACGGUCUGUCUUCUCCUGGUCUGUUCUCAGGCUCACAACCUGACCACGUGUCCGUGCCCACUCAUCCCUCUGGAGCCACUGACUGAACCUGCACCACAGACCUGUUACACCGACACCUUUCGGUACACCUGUAUACCAGGCUACGUGAGGAAAGCAGGAACGUCCAACCUGAUCAGAUGUAAACGUUUGAAUGGUUCUGUGAACUGGACCACGGCCUCGCUGCAGUGCAUACCUGAUCCUAGGAGAAGAGAAACACUGCCAACAGAGGGCGCUGUAACAAGGUCUUCCAGGAGCCCACAGACCCAGAAUGAAAGCAUUCAGACCAGGGCACCUGAGGGGACAGAACCAGAGCCCACGGACCAGAGGUCACCUGAGGGUCAGACAUUAUCAGGACUCAACCAAACCACAGCAGCAGUGAUUGUCUGUGCUGCACUAACCGUCACCUGUGCUCUAGUCGGAGUCGUCUUCGUCUGUUACAGGAGGAGGUCAAGUCACGCCACUCUCGUUGCCACAGAAGAAGAACAAAUGAGUGCUAUUCCUGCUCCACAGUGACACCUGUGUUCAGUGACGUUUCACCUGACAUUAAAAAUGUUGAACACACUCCCA